AUGCAAGAGGAAGGUGUUAAGUUUCACGAAAGCGUACCUGAACAAGGACAGUUGAAAAAAUGGUUCGCUAAAGAAGGUGGUUUACUGGUCUUGGACGAUCUGAUGACCGAGGGAGGGAACGAUAAAGAAGUGUUGGAUCUUUUUACCAAACAUUUUCAUCAUUGCAACAUCACUAUCAUCUAUUUGUGUCAAGACAUGUUUCCACCGAGCAAAUGUGCUGAAAGUAUUUCAAGGAAUGCUCAUUACGUGGUCGCUUUCAAGAACCCUCGAGAUCAAUUGGGUUUGAAGAAUUUAUUAUUGCAAGCAUUUCCUUCGUGGUGGCAAGAUUUUAUGGAAGUGUGCCGUAAAGUUACUCAACGACCCCACGGAUAUCUGGCCUUAGAUUUACACCCUGCCAGUGAUGACAAUCGACGCGUGUUCAGUCACCUGUUGACAUAUGAAGGAUGUAUUCGAUUCCAUCAUAGAAAAGUAAAAAUUUAAACAAACCUCACACUAGUCAGGAAUCAUUUCUGAACAACCACCGCCACGUACACAUCGUAAGAGAAACUUUUGUUUUAUUGAAUGACAAUCAUGACCGAUAGUUCUAUGGUAACCCUCUCGAAUACAAUGACAAACAAGAGGCAGGAGAAGAGGAAGACGACCAUGAUGCGUCAGAGGAUGAUAGAGGUAGUGACUCCGAGACAAAAGACGUGCAGAAGGGGAAUUAUGAUGAUGAUGACGAAGACGACGACAAUGAUGAUAACUAUGAUGAUGCUAAUCCAUGGGUAGAAUUGACUGAUCAAGUGCAAGAAUCUUUGAGUGAACUCUUCGAUGAACAAGUUCAACUCAUCGACAACAGGGAAAAUCCGAUAAGUGUUCCGAGAAUGUUGCUUUCAAUUCCCUCCUACCUCAAGUAAGACGUAAAUUAAGAAGGGUAUACUUACAACGUGCAAACUGUCCGAAGCUUUAUGAAUGA